AGCGGCUUCUUAUGCAUCUGGCUUCUUCUUCCACUUGACAUUAGGUAAAAACAGUCACCCAGAAGAGGUGGCUACAUCAAGAAAACCGGAUGAACAGAAGGAUUUUAUCCACUCUUCAGUUGUAGCGCCCUGAUGGAUACCUCCUCCAGCCCCGGAACCUGGCGGCGUUAAGACCCAGCAGAUGUUCGGCACAGUGAACAUCUGUCGCCGCGGUCUCCUUCCUCUCUGUAUGAACUGCGCCUGGACUCCUGUCAGGAGACACUGACGCUCAGAGGCAGGCUGGGAUCAGGAGCGCAGCGGAUCUAGGAGAGAUGCGCGCAGAUGAGUCCGGACCAUGAGAGCAGAAAGUGGAGCCAGACGCACUGAGCCGCAGCGAUAAGACAAAAUGAAGACACCUAUGCGCCAUGGGGUAGCUGUGCUUCUGGUUCUGCUCCUGUGUGCCAGCUUGUUCCUCGUGUACAACGGGAAUUUCAACAGUCCUUCCAGGGACACUAACGACACCCGCGCACAACAGCAUGAACAUCUGCAGCAGCCCCCCAAAGCCUCCGUCAGCACGCCAAAGCCUCACCUGCCUGCCCUCCAGGGAUACAUCGGCAUCAUCGACCAUAAGCCUCUCGGGAUGCACUGCCAGACCUGCUCUCUGGUGACCAGCUCUGGUCACCUUAUCGAAGGAGGCCGGGGAAAGGAGAUCGACCAAGCCGAGUGCGUCAUUCGCAUGAAUGACGCCCCAACAGCCGGGGCCUACGCCCAAGACGUCGGCCGGCGGACCUCCCUGCGAGUCAUCGCCCACUCCAGCAUGCAGCGGGUGCUACGCAGUCGGCACGAGCUUCUCAAUGCGAGCCAAGACACAGUGUUCAUCUUCUGGGGUCCCAGCAACUACAUGAGGCGUGACGGAAAGGGCCUGGUUUACAACAACCUGCGGCUAAUGAACCAAGUGCUGCCCAAGCUCAAAGUCUACAUCAUCUCCUGGCAGAAGAUGCUGCAGUUCGAUGAAUUGUUCAAGAAGGAGACGGGCAAAGACAGGAAGAUAUCCAACUCCUGGCUGAGUACUGGCUGGUUCACUAUGACCAUUGCUCUAGAGCUCUGCGAUAGGAUCAAUGUGUACGGCAUGGUGGCCCCGGACUUCUGCAGGGAACCUCAGCAUCAGUCUGUCCCCUACCACUACUAUGAGCCACGGGGCCCAGAUGAGUGUGCCAUGUACAUCUCUCACGAGCGCGGCAAACGCGGCAGCCACCACCGUUUCAUCACGGAGAAGCGUGUGUUCGCCAACUGGGCAAGGACGUUUGACAUCCACUUCUAUCAGCCAGACUGGAGUCCCAAGCCCCUCCCGGCCAACCGGACGCUGGAGGGAACGGCCCCUGCAGCCCUGCAGAACACGUGACUGCUGAUGGGGUGAAGAUUGGCUUUUAGAGAUCAAUCUCAGAAGGCUAAAGGACAAGGAACACUUGCUCUGAUGGUCCACCAGACCCUGAAAUCUCAUGACUGGAAAUGAAACAGAAAAAGAGAUUGUACUGCCUGGAUUAGAAGGGCCUUUACUGCCACUGCAAGGAGCGUUUUGUUAAUGGAGGGACGUGAAUCAGCUGAGAGUGGUUUGAUAUCAUCCUGUGUCAAGUUCAACAUGAAGGCGUGAUCCUCGAACGCUCUGGAAGCACGGAUUGUAUUUUAUUGGGUCCUGCUGUGAGUGUGUGUUCACCAGAAGGAUCGCAAGGGUCUGAUUGGAGCCCCCAGGACAGAGACAUGCUCCUAAACUACAGUGCCUCGCAAAAGUUAUUAUACCCACCAAACCAAAAAUCUCAAUUUAAUUCCAAUAUUUUAUUUGAUAAACUACGAAGUAGUGCAUUCUGGUGAAGUGCAUGAAAAUCAAAUUUUUCAUGAGUGUUGGGGAUAUAAACUGAUCCUGUUUAACCACUAACUUCUAAAGGAAAUCAAGUGCAACCUUCUGCCCUAAUAGUCCACUAAGUAGGAAAAUAUAACACAGGUGUUAAAUGAAAAAUUUUAACAUUUGGUAAACACCAUCAGUGAACAAGCAGAAUCAUGGUGACAGAUGUACACAUAAGGAAGAAACAUGUAGAGGUGUUUAGAGCUGGGUUGGAUUAUAGAGGGAUAUUCCAAGCUUUGAACAUCUCCCACAGCUCUGUUAAUGUGGAAAUUAGGGAUUACAGCAUAACUUUAAAUCUACUAAUUCAUUGCAAACUAUAAAACAUAUCAGCCUAGCAAAAACUGAAAAAUAAUCAUGCAGUAUAAGCAGCCUAGAGGGUCUUUGGAGGAGCAGCAGAGCAUGGGUGGGAGAAUCAGUUCGCAGAGCAGUUUUUGUCACGUAGUCUGAAUCUGGCCUCCAUGGAAAAAUAGCUACAGGACACCCAUAUUAAAAAAAAAACAACAACAAAUAAAUAAAUAAUGAAUAAAUAAAUUAUAAGGGGUCCUGUUUAAAGCAAUGUAGAGGUGAGCAGGUGCAACUUUGUCCUCUAUAUGGAUGGAUUAGACCAGUGUGGCUUACAUGCAAAACCCUGCAUGUUGCAGAAAACUGACUGUGCACAUCACCUACUGUACUGUAGACCAUGCCAUCCCUGCUUUAGAUAAUAGUGGUGGUCACUUGCAAGAUGUGACCCUUUACAUGAAGUCAGAGCAAAAGAUCUGAUUGAGAUCCAUAUUCAUGCUGACCUUGUUCAAAUCCAGACCUAAAUUCAACUGGGAAACAAUUACAGCAUAAAAAGUUAUGUUCAGACAUCCUGCUACAUUCAGCCUGAUUUAACUAUCGUUAUUUUAUUUAUAAGAAAUAAUGUAAUUCUAUUGAUGUGCAAAGCUGAUAGACAUAUCCAAAUUGCCUGACGCUGUAGUGAAUGGUGAUUAAAAGAUCUGGUUUGUUUUGUUUUCUUGUUCUUUUUUUAAUAGUUAUACUCUGUGUUUGUCUCAUAUAAUCUCAUUAAAAUACAUUGAAGUUUGUAAUUUAACAGGGUAAACAAGAUCUGGGAGAAAUAAUACUUUUGCAAGGCACUAUAUCUAAAAUCUAUUCAUGUAGCUAUAGACUGCGAAUAGAUGUUUUUAAUUUGACCUUUUAAACAUGUAAAUUGUUCCUUCAAAUGUUAAGAAUUUAAGCUGCUUUUUAAACAUGGUAAUCUUCUGUCUGAUAAAACAAAAAGGCUAAAUCCAUUUGAAAACAGUUAAUGUUUGUGAUUUUAAUCUGGGCUGCCUUCCAGACGUUUGCUUUGUGAGCUCAUCCAAGUCGCAUUUCGAAAUGCUACACAUCCAGGAUGAUCGACAGCUGUGGAACAGUGGCUUGGUUGUUUUAUCUCACGAGGGCUCUUUUUUCAUAUGUUUAUAUCAUAAAGUCUUUUUCUGCACCUGUCAGCAGUAAAUAGUGUAAUUUAUUAACUACAACCUGGAUUUCCAUGUUAAAGCUCAGCUGUGUCAUUCAAGACAGGAAGGAGAUGAAGAUUGAGAGCAGAGGAGCAGCAGCAGCAUCCAUCCUGCAGUAUUCAUCUGCUCCGAGGUUUCUAAAUCACCUUACAGAGGUCUGACAGUUUAGAAAAACACUUUUUUUUGUGAUUUGUUCAUCUUUAGCUUUGAAUUGAUUUUUUUAAUAUAUAUAUAUACACAGAAUAUGAAUUACACAUGAACUCCCCCUCCUGAUUUUAACUUUCUCCUCUCCUUCAUGAAUAAAAUUCCAUUGUUAGUCAGGUGAAUUUUGUUAUUUUUAAGUUAUAUUCUGGUAAAAAAUGUCUGUAUAUUUUUUCAUAUACAGAAAUGUCAUGAUUGAUCGCCUCUUGAAAACCCUAAUUGGAUACAGACAUGUUCAAUGCACGGCUGACUAAACUGUUGUGGAAACAGUUUAAUGCUUACGUUUUAAGAUACCUUGGGGUUUUAAACCUGGUGACAUACUGCAAAUGCAUAUUUAGUUAUAAAUGAGUGGGAUUUGUAGUGCAUAAUUUUGAAUUUAGAACCAAGUGGAUAAGUUUAUGUCCAAUUCGUUUUGCAAAUAAAAUCGUGAUAAGUGUGUUUAGAGGUGAACUUUGAC